GCGGUAUGGCAGACUGCCAGAAGACGGUCGCAGCACGAAAACCAGGUAUUUUUCGCAUUGGUUUGCGAUUCAAGGUACUUCGCCAUGAGUGCCUCGUUCCAACAGCCGUUUCAAGGCAUCCUCUAUGUGGACAAGAAGACUGCCGGCUCUCGGCGCUUGAUGGUGGCCUCUGCGGGCUCCAAGCUCUACUCUUAUGAUGCUGCGAGCGGCCAGCGACUGGCUGUCUGGCCUGCGGACUCUGAGUUGAGGAACGAGGAGAGCCAGCCGGCUUCCGAUCCCCAAGGCCCACCGGAGAAGAAGAGGAAGAUCUCUGAGGCGAAGGAUGUUGAUGCCGUCUCAGUCACUUGGUCUAACAUUCCUUUGCUGAUUUCUUCGUCUAAUGGGGAGUAUGUCAUUGCGCUUACUGCUGAAGACAAGUGCAUCAGAGUGUUCAGAGUAGAGGACGACGGUACGCUGCGGCAUCUGAGCGCCAGGUCUAUGCCAAAGCGACCGUGUGCCAUUGCUUUAACCAGUGAUGAUAGCACAGUGCUCUGCGGCGACAAGUUUGGGGACGUCUACGCUUUGCCCCUCCUUCCAGGCGAGAAUGAGACCAUUGGAUUCUCGAGACAUCUCGAGAAGAAAGCUUAUCAGCCUGCAGCGACGAAUCUCACUGUGCAUACGAGGCGCAAUCUGGAAGCUCUAGAGCAGCAGAUGCGGCUGACUAAUGUGCAAGGUUCCAAAGAGAAUUCCGGUGCUACUUUUGAGCAUGCGAUUGUACUCGGCCAUGUAUCGAUGCUCACAGACUUGGCCCUUGUCUCUCUAUCCUCCCCUGCACGUAGCUAUAUCUUGACGGCAGAUCGAGACGAGCAUAUUCGCGUGUCCCGUGGGCCUCCCCAAGCGUAUGUGAUUGAGAACUAUUGCCUGGGCCAUACUUCGUUCAUCAGCAAGCUUUGCGUUCUCCCAUGGGCGUCUGAGAUUCUGGUCUCCGGAGGCGGAGACAGUUACUUACUUGUGUGGAAGUGGGCCGAAGGCAAGCUGCUGCAAAAGGUCUCCCUUCCAGAGGAAAUUACAGGACACUCAGAGGUGGCGGUGCGGGGGAUCUGGUCAGCUUCUUUCAAGGCUUCCGCGGACGCUUCGGACAACGUGAAUGCAGUCCUGGUGGCAAUUGAAGGGUCCUCGAAACUGCUGUGCUACGUUGUCGAGCCAGACAACACAAUGCGGCAUCAGGCUGAUAUCCAGCUGACUGGCAAUGCACUCAGCCUCGCCACCGUCGAAUCGCAGGGGACUAUCAUUGUCUCUGUGGACGGGAUCCGAGAACCUGGAUCGUUUCAAGACUGGAGAACCGAUUCCACGUCGCCUCAGAUUCUCCUUGAGUCAUUCAAAGUUCAGACCACGCAAGGAAACCUUAGCUGGGAACCUCUGGCCACCCCAAUGACUACGGCGGUCAACUCUACAGGCACCACAGUGCUUGCGGCACUUGAACCGAAGCAGCAGAAGGAACUGAACGACUCGUUAUAUUCCGUGGGGAAUCUCCGAAAGAGAUCUCACGCAGAUGACGAAUAAGUCAACAAAAGUUGUAGUUAUAGUUAUAUCAUACCAGUCAAUAGAAUAAUGUCAAGGCGAAAAUAGAUCAAUAUACUGCCCAAAAAACCCC